AUCGGCCUCCAUGGGAUUUGAAUAUCUGUGUGCCAUAAUCAAUUUGGGGGUUUCUUGUUCUGGCAUCUGAUUCAUUUUCUUGCUAUUGGAUUUCUGUAAACUGCAGCAGAAGAAGAAAAAGAGGAGUCUUUGGGCGAAAGAAUGCACCCAUCACUUGAACUACUACUAUUCAGUUCUCCAUUCUCAAUGCCUCACACACACACAUUCUCUCUUGAGGAAAUCUUUCCAUUUGAAUAACUAUAUAUUGUGGUUGAUUUUUUCUUAAUUUAAUCACUUCAGUUUUUCCGGGUGUUCUUGUUUUAAUUCUUACCAUCUAUAUCUGCGUUAAUGAUAAUCAUGGCAUGAGACGAUUAUCGAUGUAUAUAUAAUGCCCCUAUAGCAAGUGCAUCGAUGUGCUUUAGUGUGUGUUUUGAAUGAAAAAUAAAAAGGAGUCAUUAUGUCUGUGUCUAUAUCAACAAAGGGGGAAAAUUUGAUUGUAGAGAUACCUGAAGUAACAAUGGAGGAUUCUGUGAGAAGAGAAUUACCCCUCUCACCAAUUCAAGUGGGAGUGGUCUUUAGUGGUAAAUCAUCUAUGGAUACCCAUUUUCCUAAGUUACCAUUGCAAAAUGCAAUGGCAGAGAUUGAAGAAGCUACAACUUUGAUGACAACGAUAUUGACAACAGAAGUUUUCAACCCAAAGGUUGAAAGAACAUUCUCAGAGCCUAUGAAUUCAAUUGCCUUCUCAAGUCCCAGUUCUGCUACAGAGGAGAAUGCGUGCAAACUACAUCGAUCAUAUUCACUACCUAACUUAAAGGAGGGCGGGAGCCUCACAAGCAUGGCUAAUGGAAAGGUGCUAUAUCAUGUUAUUCCCUCUGCCACUCAAAUCACAGACAAUACUCUUCCCAUAUCAGAUGCUGCUCCAUCUGUUGGUGGAGAAGAUGUCACAGAAGAAGCGGUUUGCAGAAUAUGCUUGAUUGAGCUUGGAGAGGGGUCAAACACUCUUAAGAUGGAAUGCAGUUGCAAAGGCGAACUUGCAUUGGCCCACAAAGAGUGUGCUGUAAAAUGGUUUACUUUAAAAGGCAACAAAAUCUGUGAUAUCUGUAGGACAGAGGUUCAAAAUUUAUCUGUUAGGCUUUUGCGUGUUCAAAACAAUCUUCAUGGCAAUGCCGCUGUUCGUGCUGAAUUUCAUCCACUCUGGAUUUGGAAGGAUUUUCCAGUGCUUCUCUUUUGCAGCAUAAUUGGCUACUUUAUUUUGAUGGUGGAGCUUCUGAACAAGAGGGGGCCACAUUCUGUGGACAAAACAUUUGCAUUUUCUCUCGUGUUGGGGCUCUUCGCACACAUGAUAGCAUAUACAAUGGCCAGAAAAUACACUUGGGUUUAUGCACUAGUCCAGUUCGUGUCGGUGGCUCUGUUUGGACAUGCUCUCUACUUGUUGCUCAACUGUGACGCGUUUGUCGCGAUCACUGUGUCCAUUUUGUUUGGCUUUGCCAUUCCAAUGUGUGGCAUAUUGAUCAUCACUGUGCUUAUGGACCGGAUGGCAACACAAAGUAAUAGCGCGAAUGAUGAGCAACCAUCCCAAACUCCAGGAACCGGUGAUCUUCUUCCUCCGUCCCAAAAUGAUCUGCAACAAACAGAUCUUGAAAGCGGCAGUUCUGGACUUGUUGAUGGCAAUUAAGACCAAAGGGUUUCUUCUCUAAUUUGUGCAUUUUUCUUAUCAUGUCAAUAUGUCUUAUUGUGUGUAUGUACAUGGUUUA